CAGGUGGCUUGUUCGUUUGCAUUUCUGCUUUCAGAAAGGAAAUCAAUGCAGGGAGUUGUUAGAAGUUGGGGGCCUACCCCAUGCGUUUAGACUGUUGAUUCGAUUUCCUUUACCGGGUGUUAAGUUUUGUUUUAAAAAUAAGCGACCACAGUCUUUACUUAUUAAAGCUUUUAUGGUUUUGUUACUGUUAGAUGACAAUGGAAAAUGGGUUAAAUGUAUUGUGUAAUGUUAUAUUUUAGGAGAAGCCCUAAAUGGAAAAGUUAAAAAUAAUGUUGUGCAUCUCAUUACAUUGUACAGAUCACUGCAUGAAAAUGGUAUUGAAAUAGUUAAUAUCUUGUAAUUAUCAAAGAUACUUCUGGAAUUGGCAUAAAAUAAUUGAGGUUACCCACAAAAUCAGUGUUAGCAUGCGUAGCAGACAUUGUGUAGAAGAGCUCAGAAGCAUGAGAGGACUAAACUAUUCUCACAUAAGAUAUGGCUCGUGGACAGCAGAAGAUUCAGUCUCAGCAGAAAAAUGCCAAAAAGCAAGCUGGACAAAAGAAGAAACAAGGACAUGACCAAAAGGCUGCUGCCAAAGCUGCCUUAAUAUAUACCUGCACUGUUUGUAGGACACAAAUGCCAGACCCUAAGACCUUCAAGCAGCACUUUGAAAGCAAGCAUCCUAAGACUCCACUUCCUCCAGAAUUGGCUGAUGUUCAGGCAUAAAGUUGUUUACAGGUGAAUUCAUGACACCUUUGACUCUUCUACUGUCUCAGAACUUAGGUAACAAACCUGCAGCUGCUUUUCUAACAAACUGUUGAUCAGCAAAAAUAAAGGGGCUACAGAAACACUCAUUUUUAUGCUGUUCCCUUUUGGGCUUCAUGCAAAGACAAUUCUGUGUAAAUGUACAGUUGACUCUGAUUUGGAAAUCUGAAAAUCAGUCCAUCCUUGUUAUAAAAAAUUUUUUUACAAUUGUAAUUAUAUUGAUGUUCAUAUUGUGUAAAAUAACUCAUUUAAUAAAGUAGUAUUUGAUUUUACAACAUCA